UGUCGCAUUCUGUUUUGGUAUCAUCGCGGAAUAAAGGAAAUCAAUUUUCAUAAUUAUCGAUGAUUUUAGUAUCAUAUUCUCGUUGUCUUGCUAAUAAAUACGAGGGAAUUUUUCAUUUAUAUCCACGACCAUGAAUACCACAGCCCCAACAUCCGCUGAUGCCUGCCUCAGUAUUGUCCAUUCACUUAUGUGCCAUAGACAAGGUGGCGAGAGUGAAGGCUUCUCUAAGCGUGCCAUAGAGUCUCUUGUGAAGAAAUUGAAAGAGAAAAGAGAUGAAUUAGAUUCACUUAUAACUGCAAUCACCACCAAUGGUGCACAUCCUAGCAAAUGUGUUACAAUACAGAGGACUUUGGAUGGACGCUUGCAGGUUGCUGGCCGUAAAGGAUUCCCCCAUGUGAUUUAUGCAAGAAUUUGGCGUUGGCCAGAUCUACACAAGAAUGAGCUGAAACAUGUUAAGUUUUGUCAAUUUGCUUUCGAUCUUAAAUGUGACUCAGUUUGUGUGAACCCCUACCACUAUGAGAGAGUUGUGUCACCUGGAAUUGAUCUCUCUGGUCUAACACUACAGUCAGGGCCAAGUAGGUUAGUGAAAGAUGAAUACACAGCAGGUCUCAGCGGCAACGGCAUGGACAUGGACACAGGGGAACUGGUGACCAUUCAGCAUCAUGCAACAAGCCCCAGACACCAUCACACGUCAAUGCCACACCAUCAUCAACAAUUCCAGACCACAAACAUAAUUCUCAAUCAAGGACAAACGCCAGAGGGCGUUCCGAACAUGUUUUCACCGCACGGACCGAGACCGCCUAUCCGGCCACCGGGCGGUCCACCACAGCUCACACAGCAGAUGAUCCACUCCCCGAAUGCACAGCAAAUGAUGACAAAUCAUCAAUCCCAAAUGCAAGGCAACCCACAAAUGAGGUCGGGGACACCACAGAUGGGACCCGGAACACCUCAAAUUGGACCUGGAACACCUCAGAUGGGACCCGGAACGCCUCAGAUGGGACCCGGCACACCACAAAUGGGUCCUGGGACACCACAAAUGGGAACAAACGUUCCACAAAUGGCAUCACCGCGAAUGGCAUCUGCUCCCACUCAGAUGUCCCCGGGGACGCCGCAGAUGCCGAACAUAAGUCAAGGAAUGUCUAUACCUAGUCCCCAGCAAAUGGUAAUGGGACAACAAAGAGCGAUUGCCCCUAAAUUGGAGCCUCCCGACACAAUGGACGCGCGCGCAAUGUGGCUGCCUAAGAGAAUGAAUCAUUCCACCAUGCCAGUUAGUAUGUCCCCUGGGGGUACAACGCCGCUUAUAGAUGGGUCUACCACUACUUUCUUUACUAAUGAACAGACUUCAGCUGACACCCAAAUGACACAAACAAUGCCAGUAGGCACAGUAUCAGUUCCGGCGGUGUCGUCAGUGGGCCCAGUACCGGGUGUGCAGACACCUACAGCGGAGAGUCAGCAGAACGGCUUCGCCAGCGCCACCAGCCCCCCUCCGCAGCCAAGUCCCAUCCCACACCGCACACAAAAUCAGCAUCAACAAGGAACAUGGACUGGCAACAAUACGCUGACGUACACGCAGAGCCUGGCCCCGCCCCCCGCCGCCCCGCCCGUACCUGUAGAUGCCCCGCCCCAUCAUCAUCAUUACUAUAAUGGAAAUCCCGGAGGUCUACUGUCUAGUCAGCCGGCACCGGAAUACUGGUGUUCGGUCGCGUAUUUCGAAUUGGACACUCAAGUCGGAGAAACAUUUAAGGUCCCGUCGAGUAGACCUAAUGUCACUGUGGAUGGAUAUGUUGAUCCAUCCGGUGGGAACAGAUUCUGUCUCGGUGCUCUAAGUAAUGUCCAUAGAACGGAACAAAGCGAGAGAGCGAGACUGCACAUAGGCAAGGGUGUGCAGCUAGACCUGCGGGGCGAGGGUGACGUGUGGCUGCGUUGCCUGUCAGACCACUCUGUCUUCGUGCAGUCAUACUACCUGGACCGCGAGGCAGGCCGCGCCCCCGGUGACGCCGUACACAAGAUAUACCCCUCCGCUUGUAUUAAGGUGUUCGACCUGAGACAGUGUCACAGACAGAUGCAGACGCAGGCGGCGACCGCGCAGGCAGCGGCCGCGGCGCAGGCUGCAGCCGUCGCCGGUCAUAUACAACCCGCUCACCCCGGCAUGAACAAGUGUUUGACAGCAGCGGCUGGUAUAGGCGUGGAUGAUUUAAGACGAUUGUGCAUCGUGCGGCUGUCCUUUGUCAAGGGUUGGGGCCCGGACUAUCCCCGGACCUCCAUCAAGGAGACACCCUGUUGGGUAGAAGUGCAUCUACAUAGAGCACUCCAACUGCUCGACGAAGUUCUCCACACGAUGCCUAUCGAUGGUCCCCGGACGAGCAUCGAGUAGGAGUUGAUCGGCUUCUUUUGAGGCCUUCGAGCGACACUCGGCGUGUCGCCACUUGCGGCAAGCGACGCCCGACAUGCGAAUAGUCGCAACUUGUGACCAGUCAUGACUUGUGAUGAUUAGUUGUGACUAGUUGUGAUUUGUGACCAGUCGUGACUUGAACAGUGAUAGCGUGUCAAUAGUCGCAACUAUACGCGUCUUAAGGCCAGUCACAAGAACGCGACUUGUGACUGUAUCGCAGUGAAUUUGCGACUCGCAGUUUGUCGCCCCGACGUGCGCCGCUUUUUAUGUUAUUGUACAAACCACCACUCAAAUGUUAACGACCCUUAUUUAUGUGUAAAAUAGGUUAGUGAUAUUUUUAUUAAUGAGGAAAAAAAAU